AGUUUCAGUUUUGGAUUGGUACAAAGCGUAUAGUUUGUGGGUUUGUGCAUCAUUAUUGUGCAAGUGGAAUAUUACCGUCUGUAUUAGUGUAUUUGGAAUUUUAUUUUGACUGGUAGAAUUGCUUCUCGCAGGUUUGGUGACUCAGUUCCCACCAAUGUCCAAAUCGAACUAACGAUGAAGAGACGAGCAGAGGACAUGGUUAAGGGGGAUGUGGGUGGAAAUGUUGGCUACCCACCUCCAGGUUCCCUAUCACCAUCCAGACAUCCUCCUCCUAGGGCAAUCCCAACAGUGCAACCUUACUUGCCACAAGCUGUGAAAUCAUCGGUUCCGGAUCUGAAUCUUGGACAACAGUAUCAAGUACCGAAUUUCGCAACUGGACCUAUGGCGAAUGUCAACCCGGCCAUGAAGAGCAAUGGCGGAGGUGGUGUUAACACCGCUGGGCCCAGUGGUGCAGGGCCAUCCAUGCAGGGUGCAGGCCCUAUCCCAUCGGGCUCUCAUGGAAUGCAUCCGUCUAAUCGUCAUAAGAUGCAUGGAGGCUCCACUACGCCUCCAUCCGUUGGCGGUGGGAGUUCUGCUUUACAACAGCAGCAGUUCCAGCGUUUGAAGGUUGAGGACGCUCUUUCUUAUCUGGACAACGUGAAGAUGAAGUUCAACAAUCAUCCACAAGUCUACAAUGACUUCCUCGAUAUCAUGAAGGAGUUUAAAUCUCAAAGUAUUGACACUCCCGGUGUCAUUGAAAGAGUUUCCAAACUCUUCCAAGGCCACCCAGAUCUGAUAUUGGGAUUCAACACGUUCCUUCCACCAGGAUACAAGAUCGAAGUGUCUACCAAUGAUUCCGGAUUUAGGGUGCAAGUGAGUAUGCCUUCUCCUGCAACUUCGACAACCACCACCAUUGUCCCUCCAGUACCUGCGCACUCGGCUCCAGUGCAUCAACCGCCGGUAGCUCCUCUGGCUCUCACCACGAACAGUCCUGCAUCUCCUGCCACAGUCGUUGUAUCCAGCUCCAACAAACCGUUGAUUAUUGGGAGUUCGAACGUCGUGGCUCCGAAUCCGGUCGUUGCCGCCGUACCGCAGCAGUCUCCGUCUGCGGCUAUAUCGCAGGCUCUGUCGCACUACUCCACUCAUUUGAAUGCCGCAGCAGCGGCUGCGGCCGCAGUCACUGACUGUCCGCCGGCGCCCAGUCAUCCCGAACACCAGCCCACCCAGCCGAUCAACCAGAACCAAGGCCAGAGUCAGAGCCAACCGGUCGAAUUCAACCAUGCUAUCAACUACGUCAACAAAAUCAAGAACCGAUUCCAAGAUCAACCAGAGAUUUACAAGAAGUUUCUGGAGAUUCUCAACACCUACCAGAAGGAUCAGAAGAACUACAAAGAUGCUGGAAAACAACUCACGGAAGCGGAGGUGUAUGCGCAGGUUGCUAAACUCUUCCAGAAUCAAGACGAUCUGUUGGCAGAAUUCGGACAGUUUCUGCCUGAUGCUACUAAUCAUCAAGCUACAUCGCAGAGUAAGGUUAUGAGUGCCGAUCAUCCUCCUCCACCAAGGAGUGCUAAGCCGUUGGGUCUGAAGAUGUCCGCCCCGUUUCCGAGCACUAGUUCCACUCCGUCCCCGAGCAGUGCUGGUCCCUCUGGACCCAAGUUCAGUGCGCAGAGUAGCAGUCAUGCCAAUAGCGCUCCGGGACCUUCAGGCCUCUCCAAUCAAGGCCCAGCUCCCAUGAAAAGGUCGCCGUCUUCAUUCGCCGGCCCAUCGGGUCUGCAGCAAAUGCACCAUCAGUCUCAACCAAAGAAGCAAAAGUUGAGUGCAGUCAGCUCAAGCCGCGAAGUUCCCGCAUCUGAUGCUGGGAAGUAUGGAGCUCUUUCUGAUUAUGCAUUCUUCGACAAAGUUCACAAAUCCUUGCGCAACAUUGACAUUUACGAGAACUUCUUACGAUGUCUCGUUCUGUUCAAUGAGAACAUGAUAUCUCGCGCGGAACUGUUGAGUCUUGUGUCUCCGUUCCUGUGUCGCAGUCCGGAUCUAUUGCAAUGGUUCAAAUGCUUCAUUGGCGAAACCGGAUCCACCUCCAAUCCAUCCCAGUCUGGCAAUGACUAUUCGCUCGAUAGUCACAACUCUAUGAUGUCUUCUGUUAAUCGCCAGGACAGACCUCCCGGUGAAUUCGCUAUGGAGAUCGAUUUCUCUACUUGCAAACGUCUUGGCGCCAGCUACUGCGCUGUUCCAAAGGAUUACGUUCAUCCCAAAUGUAGUGGAAGAUCUCAGCUCUGCAGAGAAGUAUUGAAUGAUUCGUGGGUAUCCUUCCCAUCUUGGUCUGAGGAGUCCACUUUCGUUACAUCAAGGAAGACACAGUUUGAAGAGUACAUCUAUCGUUGCGAGGAUGAGAGAUUCGAGCUUGAUGUAGUUCUUGAGACUAACCUUGCUGCAAUCAGAGUUCUUGAGACUCUUCAGAAGAAGAUAAACAGGAUGUCACCUGACGAGAUCAGCAAACUCAAAUUUGACAGUUCUAUGGGUGGAACAUCUCCUACUUUGAUGGACAGAGCUGUCAGACGAUUGUAUGGUGACAAGGCCACAGAUAUAAUGGAAGGAUUGAGACUGCAACCGCUUACAUGUAUUCCAAUGGUCUUGAAACGACUGAAACAAAAAGAUGAGGAAUGGAGAGAUGCCCAGAAGGGAUUCAAUAAAGUUUGGAAGGAACAAAAUGAGAAAUUUUAUCUGAAAUCACUGGACCAUCAAGGAAUCAAUUUCAAACAGAAUGAUUUGAAAGCUCUUCGCUCGAAGUCUCUUUUCAAUGAGAUUGAGACACUGUGUGACGAGAGACACGAUCAAGCCGAAGAGGCAUGCGAACAAACUCAGAUUGGGCCUCACAUGUCGUUCAUCUACAAAGAUAAAGGUGUACUGGAUGAUGCGGCCAACUUGCUGAUUCAUCAUGUCAAACGUCAAACCAGCAUCAAUAAGGAGGACAAGCAAAGGAUUAAGCAGUUGCUCCGCCAGAUCAUUCCAGAUUUCUUCUAUCAUCCUAGACAGGAACUGAGUGAAGAUGAGCGCGAGGACACUAAUGAUAAGAUGGAUGAAGAUGCUGCUGAUUCGGACAAAGAAGAGGAUGGGCCCGGCAAAGAAGAUGGUGCCAAGGAACCUGAGGACAUCAAACCUCCACUUCAUGCUCUCAGCACAUUCCAUGACGAAUCCUACACUCUGUUCUUCGGUACCAAUAAAUGGUAUCUGUUUAUGAGACUGCAUCAGAUUUUGUGCGAGAGACUAACUAAGAUCUCUGAAAAAGCGGCAAUACUUGCCCAAGAAGAGAGCAUUGAAAGCGAGCUCAGGACUCCAUCCGCUGCAAUGGCUUUGCGUCUGAAGCCUAGAAGCAACUAUCUCAAGGGAGUUACCGUUGAUGGCUAUUACACAGCCUUCCUGGAGAUGGUUAAGAAUGUUCUCGAUGGGAAUAUGGACAACAAUGCUUAUGAAGAUACGCUGAGAGAGAUGUUUGGAAUACAUGCGUUUGUUGCAUUCACUCUGGAUAAAGUUGUUUCAUAUGCUGUCAGACAGCUUCAGCACUUGGUGAUGGAAGAGUCUUGCAUUGAGUGCACCGAUUUGUACUUGAAAGAAGCUCGUAGAGGGGGCGCUGGGGGGACAUGCGCCUCUGCCCAGGCGCGAGCCAACUACGAGAUAGCUUACCAACGCAAAGCUGAAGCGAUACUCAAUGACGAAAACUGCUUCAAAAUUGUCCUGUACAAGCUUGAAUGCAAACUCACUAUUGAGUUGUUGGAUUCGGAAGGAGAACGUGAAGGAAGACAAGCUAGAGCUUCACAGAACUGCGAGUAUGAGGAGUCUCAGAACAGGAACCAAAAUGGUUCGGACGGUGAUGACCGUACCUCCGGUAAAGCUGUUUUCUUAGCAAGAAAUGUGAGGCUUACAACAAAUAAAUCCCCAAAUGAAUCAGACGAAGCGCAACCACCGAAACGCUCCACUGAUGACGACAACGAGUGUACAUUCAACUUGAACAACUACAGAGUUGUCUAUGCUGUAGAUCGAGAUAGUUUUCUCUACCGUCGAUAUGCCAUUUUAAGAGCGAAACAGACCCACCCCUCCCUUAGUCAAAGACUCGGAGAAAAAUUCCGAAGAUGGCACGAACGAUGGUUAAAUGAACACGUCGACCAGUCGCAAAUCAACCACUCGACUGAGUGGCUAAUGGGGCGGGCACCCGAUCAUGUUCCGAAUUUCACACAGGUCCUAAGCAACAACAGUUUAACCAAAGCACCUUACCGACUCUUUAAUCGUUAUCAAGUAAAAAGGCUCUAAGUGGACAAUGCUCUCUCGAUUGGGGAGAAGUUUCGUUGUUGUGAUUCCAGUAUUGUAAACUAUGUCAGUGAGUUUAUUGAUGUUAAAAGUAGAUAGAAUUUUAUAGAAUAAGAUAGCGUUAUAAGUUUCUUUGAUUUUUUAAGGUAAGAUGAGCAUGGUGUUGAAACCUUAUAUUCCUCACAACCGUUCCAAAUAAUGGCGGUUCUAUUUAUGCAUAUUUAAAACUUUAACAGUGAGUUUAUUGAUGUUAAAAGUAGAUUGAAUUUUAUAGAAUAAGAUCGGUGUAAUACCCUUUAUUAAUUUCCUUGGUAAGAUAAUAAUCAUGUUGACAUCUUAUAUUCCUCACAACUGUUCCAACUAAUGGUGGUUUAUGUAUGCAUAUUUAAAACUUUAACAGUGAGUUUAUUGAUGUCAACAGACAACAAUAAGAACAGUAGAUUGAAUUUUAUAGAAUAAGAUCGGUGUCAUACCCUUUUCAAAUUUCUUGUUUUUUUUUUUGGUAAGAGAUAAUCUCCGUGUUGACACCUUAUAAUCCUCACAUCCGUUUAAACUAAUGGUUGUUCUAUGUGGAUGUAUAUUCAAAGAUUAUUUACGAAAUUUCAUGUCUUCAAUGUAACACAUUCACUACAAAUGAUGUACAUGUUACAUUUAGAUAACGUAGUUUGUUAUAUUAGAUGCAUACAGUUUUGAAAAUUGGAAGCUAUAUUGGAUAUCUCUUGUGUGAAGUUUCAGAUUAUCAGUAUGAGGAAUAUAGGUUGUUAUUAUUUUAAGGUGUGUUUCCUUCAAUUUGGAGAAUUAUUUAUGAAACAGAUAAUUCUGUUUAGGGUUGGUGACGUUUUGCUGCAAUCUAGGCUUUUCAACAGUCAUUUUGUAGACAGAAAGACCCGUUAUUAGUGUUAUUCAUAUAAAACAUGUAUAUUUUAAACUAUUGGGCUAUUACUUUUUUGAAUAGCGCUAGUCUCAUGAAAUAAACUUUUGAGGGAGCUUUAUUUUUAAAAUUAGAAUGGUCGAAUUGAAGAAUUAUGAAUGCUGGGUGAAUUUAAUGUUGAAAUUUCAAAGUGAAGAGCUUAUAAGAGAGUAGAGUAUACAUUUAAUAUGGAAAUUUCCAGGUGAAGUUCAUAUAAGAGAGUAGAGUAUAGAUUAAUUAUGGAAAUUUCCAGGUGAAAUUCAUAUAAGAGAGUAGAGUAUAGAUUAAUUGUAGAAAUUUCCAGGUGAAGUGAUUGUAAGGGUGUAGAGUAUAUAUUAUUUAAUGUGGAAAUUUCAAAGUGAAGUACUUUCGAGGGAGUGAAGAUGUUAUUUUGAGAUGUGCUACUAUCGCUUAUAUCCUUUGAUGUUGCAGAAAAUAUUAUUAAUCAGUUUAAAUAAGUUUAUUCCUCAACUUUUAUUCAAGUAUUCAACAUUUGUCAUUACUAUUAUACUAUAGCCUGUCCUUAGGUACUAUCUGACAGGUAUUUAUCAAUUUCUCUCUCAAUAUUGUGUGUAACCCACUAAUUGUAUCGCAUAUAUAAAUGUGAAUUUAAAAUAAAUACUAUCCUCGUUCACACUAUGUUAAAAAUAUGAUUGCAAUUGAAAAUUACGUUUCCAACAUAAAUAUUGGACUCAGUAAUUGAAAAUUAUGGUGGUUAAUUUAAAAAUAUAAUUGUUCACUUUUUUGUUAGGAGAAGAGUUAAAAAGCUUAUUGAAGAAGGAUUUAUAUUGGAGAGUGGUUAAAAAAACUAAUUGAAGAAAGAUUUGUGAUGGAUUAAUUUUCCAUCCAACAUAGUAUUAUUCUAUUGAACAUCUAUAUGAUUAUUUUAUACUAUUAUUCUUUUUUUUCUAUACUUAUUUCUUAGUCAUAGAAAUACUAUCCACGUUCAUACUAUGUUAAAAAUGUGGUUGCACAUGUUCAAUUGAAAUAUUAUGUUUUCAACAUAAUCAUCAUGAGUCUCAGUAAUUUAAAAUUAUGGUGUUCCAAAUAUAAUUAUUGUCAACUUUUUUGUUAGGAGAAAGGUUGAAAAAACUAGUGAAAGAAGGAUUUAUAUUGGAGAGAGGUUAAAAAACUAAUUGAAGAAGGAUUUAUAAUGGAUUAAUUUUUCAUCCAACAUAUGAUUAUCGUAUUGAACAUCUAUAUUAUUAUUUUAUACUAUUAUUCUUUUGUUUUGAUACUUAUUUUUCAAGUCAUAAAAAAUUCUAUCUACGUUCACACUAUGUUAAAAAUAUGGUUGCACAUGUUCAAUUGAAAUAUUAUGUUUUCAACAUUAUCGUAAGUCUCAGGAAUUUAAAAUUAUGGUGUUACAAAUAUAAUUAUUGUCCCCUUUUUUGUGUUAGGAGAAAGGUUAAAAAACUAAUUGAAGAAGUAUUUAUAUUGGAGAGAAGUUAAAAAACUAAUUGAAGUAUUUAUAUUGGAGAGAAGUUAAAAAACUAAUUGAAGAAAGAUUUGUGAUGGAUUAAUUUUCCAUCCAACAUAGUAUUAUUCUAUUGAACAUCUAUAUCAUUAUUUUAUACUUAUAUUCUUUGUUUUUAUACUUAUUUCUUAGUCAUAAAAAAUACUAUCCACGUUCACACUAUGUUAAAAAUAUGGUUGCACAUGUUCAAUUGAAAUAUUAUGUUUUCAACAUAAUCAUGAGUCUCAGUAAUUUAAAAUUAUGUUGUUCAAAUAUAAUUAUUCACGUUCAAAGUAUGUUAAAAAAAUUUCGUAUGUUCAAUUGGAAAUUAUGUUUGAAAUAUAAUUGUCCACUUUUUUGUUGGGAGAAAGGUUUAAAAACUAAUUGAAGAAGGAUUUAUAUUGGAAAGAGGUUGAAAAACUAAAUGAAGAAGGAUUUAUAAUGGAUUAAUUUUCCAUCCAACAUUUUAUUGAACAUCUAUAUUAUUAUUCUUUACUAUUAUUCUUUGGUUUUGAUACUUAUACUUUAUACUAUUAUUAUCACUUGCAUGCUAUGAAGCAGAUAAAAAUCAUGCGACUAUUACGUACAUGUUUACAAUUAAUUAUAAGCUGGCCAGUAAUUCAUAAUUAUUGUGAUGGACAUUUCACUGUCCACUGAAUUGGGAAAAGGUUGAAAGAAUAUUCGGAGGCUAUAUAGUUGAUUCAUGUACUACAUUUAGUCAUCAUAUCUUAUUGGACAUUUUCUAUUCAUUACUUUUCCGUUUCUUAUCAAAUGUUGUUCUAACAUAUUAUUGGUGAAUUUUGGGGAAAAACUUCUACUUCCACUAUAAAAAGAUUGCCAAGCAUUUCUAUUGUUCUGAAAUUUUGUAUGAGUCGAAUAAAUUCGUAAAAUGUAAA